UCUUGUAGACUACAGAUAACGGCAACAGACUUUAGUUAAGUCUUUCAAAAUCCAGGACCCAGACUUAUCGCAGUAAAAAACGACACCGCAAUGACGAAACUUUUCUCGCUUUUCUCUCUCUUCCUUCUGAUAGCUGUCUCUUCUCCACGUACAACCGCCGUAAACCCGAAUCCAAUUCCACCGUCCGCCGCCCAUGUUGAGCUUACAAACUACGGCUUUCCAAUCGGCCUUCUCCCUGCCUCCGUCCGUAACUACACUCUGAACCCGAUAUCCGGUCAGUUCUUCGUGGAUUUCGGUGGCUCGUGUAAAAUCACCCUACCUCCUGACAACUACUUGGCUACGUAUUCGAAGACGGUGUCCGGCAAGAUUGUUCAGGGUCGGAUCGCGGAGCUGGAUGGGAUUCGAGUUCGGGCUUUCUUUAAGUGGUGGUCCAUAACGGGAAUUAGGUCUAGUGGGGAGGAUUUGGUGUUUGAAGUAGGGAUGGUUACCGCUAAAUAUCCAUCGAAGAACUUCGACGAGAGCCCUGACUGUGAAGGGAAGCACUCUUCUUCAUGAAAGAUUCUAUUUGAUGCAUCUGUCAUUGUAUUUCUCGUUGUUCGCUUCUAUUCUCAUGCGAUAUGUCAUUAGGCAGAUUCAAUAAGUAUAACGCAGUUGUAUUAUGUAAGAUUAUGAGGAUCAGAAGCUUGAUAUUUUCCUUUGCUUUUGUUUGUAUAGAUUCAACAAAUUAUCCAAUGUAAUGUUUGAUGGUUAGCUUGUAACGUUUUCUUAGCUUUGUGUCCUUUUUAGUAUAAGGUUAAUUAGGUCUUGUUACAUUGACUAAACGGCCAACUGGGGUCAUUUAGGACGAAAGGACUCGAUCAUAUGAUAGGAAAUAAAAGUAAGAGAAUACAAAAUGUAUUUCUUAUUUUUCCCUUUCUUUUAUUGUUAUUAUUUGAGUUGACAUUUGGAUA